AUGACCAAUCGCACUCUAGGAAAAGACAAAGCUCCAAUCUGCAUUGAACUUAACCAACCACCAUUAGAUCCGGCUUUGGAAGAAGAAAUGAAGCAACUUCGGUAUGCCAUGCUGCUAUCAAAGAUCAAGACCACUUUAGAAAUGGAACACCAGAAUGAUCCAAAUUGCAAUGUCAGUGGCACGAAAGAUGAGCAUGGACGUGAAAUUGAAGAAGACGAAAGUGACAUGAAUGAGGAAGAUGAAAAUGAUGAUGACGAUGAUGUUGAAGAUGCAGAUGAUGAACAUGAUGACGAUGAUGAUGACAAUGACAACGAUUAUAAUUUGGGUAAUGCCGGUGUCCAAGAAGCCGAUCCCGAAGACAGUGAUCCAAUAUUGAUCGGUCCUGAUUAUGAUACCUUUCCUCAAAGAUCUCUUCUAAGACAAUUACCCUCUGACAGUGAUGACCCGAAAGAAGCUUCACACCAAGAUCAACAGCAACUGAGGAAAAACUGGCAGCCUCACCUAUUCUCCUCAGCUCAGCAAGUGGUGGAAAAAGGGAAGCACCACCUCAGGAUGAACAAAUGGACACAUCGCCUACCAACAUUGUAG